AUGGCGCCUUGGGUUCCCGAUGCCAACCGCCGGCCGCCCUCCCCGCGGGGGCUCCCUCUCAUCGGCAACCUCCACCAGCUCGGCAGCCUCCCGCACCGCUCGCUGCGUUCACUCGCUGCGGCGCACGGCCCCGUCAUGCUCAUCCGCCUCGGGCAGGUGCCUGUCGUCGUCGUGUCCUCGGCGUCCGCCGCGCGGGAGGUGUUGCAGGCGCAGGACCUCCUGAGCCCGCCGAGGGUGCGGGCCUAUCGCGCCGUGAGGGAGCAGGAGGUGGACGCGCUGCUGGAGGAGAGCAACGUGCUGCUCGGCGCCUUCCACGUCGGCGACUACAUCCCAUGGCUCUCCUGGGUGAGCUACGUCGACGGCACGGACGCCAGGGUUACGAGGGCAUUCGAGACGAUCGACCGGAUCCUCGACGAGAUCGUGGACGCGGCUGCGACCAGAGAGACGCCAUUGUCGGGGGAAGAAGCGAGCGACGAUGCUUUCAUCCAUGUGCUGCUGUCACUGCAGCAGAAGGAACCAACUCAUGCUGGGACAGCAGAGUGGCGCCUCAGCAGGGACAACGUGAAGGCUCUCUUGGAGGACUUGUUUGGAGCCGGGACAGAGGCCACCAUCAUCGUCCUGGAAUGGGCCAUGGCAGAGCUGCUCCGCAACAAGGAAGUCAUGCAGAAGCUGCAGCGCGAGGCCACUCGAAUCAGCCACGGGUACGACAUCCCGAGGGACACCAUGGUAAUCGUGAACGCCUGGGCCAUCGCAAGGGACCCGGAGGCAUGGGAGUCGCCGGAGGAAUUCCGGCCGGAGAGGUUCGUCGGCAGCGGGGUGGACUUCGGGGGCCAGCACUUCCAGCUGAUACCGUUCGGCGCGGGGCGGCGGAUGUGCCCGGGCAUCGACUUCGCCAUGUCCGUGGUGCAGCUCGCGCUCGCCAACCUCGUCGCUCGGUUCGACUGGGCGCUGCCGGAGGGCGAGGCAGAGCUGGACAUGCAGGAGACGGCCGGGUGCUCGUCGCGGAAUUCGGCUCCACUCUGCGCCGUUGCCACGCAGCGCUGUUUCUGCUAG